UUUGUUUAUUGACUUGUACACGAGCUGUCAAAGUGUAAAUUGUUUAGUUCGGGAAGUUACGAUUGUGAGUGCAAGAAGAAUCCUGCCAUAAAUACAGUAAAACAUGAGUCCGUCAAUAUUUCGCGCAACUUGAGAGGAAGGCUGAUGAAGUGUACUUGCCUUGGAAGAUGUUGCCCGGUAUUGGAGUAUUUGGAACGGGUAACGUUGUGCGAGUUAUUGUUCCAUUUUUGAGAGAAAAGGGCUUCAAGAUAGAAGCAAUAUGGGGUAGAACACUCACUGCUGCUGAAGAAGUAUCUAAGGAACUUGAGAUACCGUUUUACACUAACAAAAUCGAUGAUGUGCUGCUGCGAAAGGACGUUGAUCUUAUAUUUAUCAUGUGUUCACCAAACCUUCAUGCACAAAUUGCUGUUAAAGCUCUGGGUAUUGGGAAACAUGUGCUAUGUGAUAAACCAACCGGGCUAUGUCAAAGCGAAGCAUUGAAGAUGGUACGAGCAGCACAGUAUUAUCCGUCGCUUAUUUCCAUUGUUAACCACAGCUUAAGAUUUCUUCCCGCAUUUUCCCAGAUGAAGAGAGCUAUUGCUGAUGGGUACCUAGGCAGUGAGAAUGAAAUAACCGUCUGCGACGUACGUGUGCAGAUGGGAAGCCUUCUUCACGAUGGUUAUGAUUGGUUAUGUGAUGAUACAAUGGGUGGAGGUAUAUUAACUCUUGUGGGUAGCCACGUAAUUGACCUUGUGUCACAUCUGACUGGUCAGAGGGCUUCACGUGUCCAUGGCCUUGUUCGAACUUUCACGAAGAACACAGAUUAUGUGCGUGGCAUAAGGCAGAUUUCUAGUCCAGACUUCUGUGCCUUUCAGAUGGAGAUGAGUGGUGGCACACUUGUCACUGCAACACUUAACAAUCAUCUUCCAGGAACGUUUAGCCAGGAAGUUUUAGUUUGUGGGCGUGAAGGACAUUUAAUGGUGCGUGGUGGAGACUUGUAUGGGUACAAAUCUGGUGCAGCUAAGGAAGAAGUCAUAUAUUUGGACGUGGAAGAUUUACAGCGUGGAGGAUCUAUUAAUGCUGCUGCAAUAAGUGUGAUCCCACGCCCAUACAUGAAAGGAUUAUUUAAGAUGAUUAGUGCUCUUAGAGAAGCAUUUCUGCCUGUUGAAGACAAGAGUGGAUGGGUGAAGGAGCCCGUUGCACUGGCAGCAACAUUUGAAGAUGGUUUGUAUGUGCAAGCGGUCAUAGAUGCGCUACGGAAAUCUAGCGCAAACCGUGAAUGGGUAAAGGUGAAUGUUAUUACAGAGGAACCAGAUCCAAACCCACUAUUGAGUGCUGCUGUGCGGCGUAGUGCCAUAUCCAUGUGACAUACAGAUAACCUGCUGUAAAAUAACUUCAGUACUAAUGUCUGCUUAGCUAACAGGUUGUGCUAUCCUUUGUUCAGUCAGUAUUAGAUGAGAUGUGUCCAGUUGAUGGAGUAUUGUGAUAGGUUAGCGUUGCUGUAGAUGAUGCUUUAUCAUUAAUUACAAGGUUGUGAUGAACUUCUCACAGACACUGCACCUCAGUACUUAAUUGUGAUUUUGUAAAUUAUUUUUAUAUUGUGUUUUAGAGAAGUUUUGUGCAGCUACACUAACUAUCUGCAUGCUGAAUAUAGAAAUAAACUAAACCAGGGUUGACUUUACAGUAUUUUUUCCUCUUUUUUAAUGGUCACCAGUCUUUGGGUCUAGAGUAAACCAUUUCCUGUGGAAGAAGAAGAUCAGUAAUGUAACGUAACUGGGAGUGUCCCCUCUUCUCACAUUUUUAAUAAUAACCACCAUACAGUAUUAAAGAUCUCAUAUCAGUUAAUCUUGUUUAAUACAUUUGUUACUGAACUACCUGGAACCAAUAGAAUGUAGUGUUGAUUUAAUGCAACUGAGAAACAUUAUGGCACUGUUGAUACCUGGGUAGAAUAAGGUGCAAGUGAGAGAAUCAACUAACCAAAUGCAAGGAUUAGCAGCAGAUCGUUUUAAAAAGUCUUAACAGUGUGAGUGAUUAUUAGAACCAGAGACAGAGAUAAUUAAUGAAAUGUGAUAACUGAUACAGAUGAGAGUGAAAGACAAAUAAGUGUUUAUGAUGUUGAAAUUGCAUUUGGUUAAUGGAGACUAACUUUCAUUUUGCAGAGAAGUCAUAUUGUUGCCUUGAAUUACAUGAAUUAAGUAGCUUGUAGUUCAUCAGCUGCAGUACCUUCAACUGACAUUUGACAUUCGCAAUACAUUGGACAUUUUAUUGUAUGGUAACCAUUCAGUCAUUACUUUUGGAUAAUGUGACUUUUAUUGCUAGUCUCUGUUGAUCCACCAUGGAUAGGGGACAUCCGCUAGUUAAUUAAUUGCCAAUUUCAAUGCAACACAAAGCCCUGGUUGCUAUGAAUUCAAUCAUUUCAGUAGUCCUUCAUUUGAAGACUUCCUAUCAAGCCUUCGAGUGAAGCACUAGUAAAAUGAUCGAAUUCAUGACAUCCAGGGUUUUAUGGCACUAUAUGACAUUAUUGUUUAUUUGGAGUAAUGCUUAUGGGGCCUGAAGAUGGCAUAGUGGAAUGGCGAAACUGGUAGCCUUCAAAAUAAAAUAAAAUCUCAGUUACAUGGCUGUUGCAGAGUUUCAUUAUACUGAAAAUUUUUUGCUAUUGGUCAUAUUUUUAUGAUGAGAUGCAGCAGCUAUAUUCCAUGGUUGUGACACUGUAUCUUAAUUUUACAAGAGAAAGUUAAGCAGUAAAAACUUAAAUUGCAAUUCAUUGCAAUGUGUAUUGUACAAAUCUUU